AUUGUUCUGUUUCAUGGUCUAUCUGUAAUUAUAAAUAUUUUCAUGGCACUUUACGACUUGCAACAAUAAUCAUGUCUCCAGUUAAAGUAUCCGCUAAUGUGUCUUAACGAUUACGUACGUCAUUAAGAACAAAGAGCAAUUCUUACGUAUAAUGAGACAAAUAGGAAAAAAAACCGUUUGUGUAACUUUGAAAUUACAAGCUAAGGUCGUUACCUUCGAUUUCUUGUUAAUAAGGAAGAGCAAAUGAAAAAUUAUUGAUGGACAUGUGACAAAAAAUAGAAUAAGUGGGACAGAUGGGUUUAAUUCGCGGUGUGAGCGAUGUGCGUUCAGAAGUCUCUCAGAAUUUCUGAAUCAGUCAUUAAUAAUGGCCGAACAGAAGAGAAUAGUGAUUGUUUUAUUCAUGCUCUCUUUGUUAUUCUUGUCGGGUGAUUCGAGAUUACGGGAUCAGUACCGGGAUGAUGGAAGAAAUUCUCAUUUCCGUGUUCCAAAUUUUAUAGGACUCGUUGCGGAACACGGGAGACGGGCUGAAUGGCAUAAUGUAACGACCGAGGACGGAUACAUUUUAUCAAUAUUUAGAAUUGUUCGUAAUAACAAUAAUUAUCAAUUAGGACCUCCAAUUUAUUUGCAACACGGAUUAACAGGCACUGCAGAUAUGUUUGCGAUGGUGAAACCCGAGAGGAAUAUCGCAUUUCUACUAGCUGAUGCUGGAUACGAUGUUUGGCUGGGAAAUUUGAGAGGGAAUGCUUACAGCCGCAAGCACAAAACAUUAUCAACGAAGGACCCGAAAUUCUGGAAUUUCAGUAUGGACGAGUACGCAAUCAAAGAUCUACCAGCAAUGAUGGACUAUGUCCUCAAUGUGACGAAUCGAUCGUCAUUGUCCUACAUCGGCAUAUCCCUUGGAACAACAAUAAGCACAAUAUUUCUCUCAAAUAGAACGGAUUACAACAGCAAAUUAAAUCUCGUGGUACAUUUUGCGCCAGUUACCGUCUUCAAAUCAAAGACUUUAACGAGACAAAUUCUACUGAUGAUAGCGGAUCUGUUGGAAGGACCUGAUAAAUCAUUUGAGAUUCUGCCUCGAAACAGAUUUGUACAUUCAUUCGUGAAAUUAGUAUGUACAGCUAGUCCCCUGAUGAGAGAGCUUUGUUUAUUCCUUGUGGAAACAUUUAUGGGUCGAGAUCGUGAGCAAUUCGAUAUACCAUGGGAUCUGGUGCUGAAAUUUGCACUGUACUUCCCCGCCGGAUGUUCUGCAAAAGUUCUUUUUCAUUACUUUCAAUUUUUGAGAACUGGUGAAUUCGGAUACUUUGAUCACCAUGACGACUCAAUCAACCUUCAAUAUUACGGAAAAAAAAGGGCUCCACAAUACAAUUUAUCAAACAUCGUAGCUCCUAUGGUUUUUUUCAAAGCCUUAAAUGAUCCACUCUCAACUCUAGAGGACGACGUAGCCUUGAUAAAAAAAUUGCCUCCAAACACAACAUUACACUACGAGAUCGUAAACUGGAAAAACUUCAAUCACAUCGACUUCAUUUUAGCGAAAGACGUGAAAAAAUUAGUCUAUGAUAGAUUAUUCGAAAUCCUCUCCGAUAUCAAUAAAUUUCCUUGA